AUGCCUCGCGGUCGAUCCACACGCGCGCGCACGUCGCUCACGCACCGCAUCGUCGCCCUCAUCGUCCUCGUGUGCGCGCACGCGAUCGGAAUACACGCCGAUCACUACGCCACGCUCGGUGUCUCUCGACACGCGGAUGAAUCGCAGAUCAAGCGAGCGUAUCGAAAGCUGGCGCUGAAGUACCACCCCGAUAAGAACCCGAACGAUGAGACGGCGAAGAAGAAGUUCACGGAGAUCGGACACGCGUACGAAACGCUGAGUGAUCAGGAGAAGCGGAAGAUUUAUGAUCGGUACGGGGAGGAGGGCGUGAAGCAACACGAGGCGAGCGGCGGACGCGGAGGCGGACACGCGGCGCAGGAUAUAUUCAGUCAAUUCUUUGGUGGAGGUGGAUUCGGUGGAUUCGGUGGAUUCGGUGGCAUGGGCGGAGAGGAGGAGCAGGAGACGCCCAAGGCGCCGACGAUUAAGAUUGACCUCAGGGCGACGUGCGAGGAGAUCUACCUCGGCGCGUCCGUUCCGGUGUCGCGAGCGAAAUUGGUGACGAAGAGCGCGAAGGGGACGAGAAAGUGCAACUGUCGACAGAAGCUCGUCACUCGGCAAGUCGGUCCGGGGAUGUAUCAGCAAUACACCGAGCAAACGUGCGAGGAUUGUCCGAACGUAAAGCUCGUUCGUGAAGACGUGGAUCUGACGGUAGAAAUCGAGGCGGGCGCGCCCGAGGGACACGAGAUCCUCUUCUUCGAGGAGGGCGACGCGAUGAUCGACGGCGAUCCGGGUGAUUUAUUGUUCGUCAUUCACACCGUGGAGGACGCGAAAAACGGCAUCAAGCGCGUGGGUAAGAGCGAUCUUCACAUGACGUACGAGAUCACGCUCGUGGAGGCGCUCAACGGUUUCUCCAAAGUCUUCAAGCACUACGACGGUCACGAUGUCGUCAUCGCUCGCACGGGAGUCACGCGUCCGUUCGAUAAGAUGACGGUCAAGGGUGAGGGUCUUCCGAAGCACAAUCAGUUCAAACAAUUCGGCGACAUGCACAUCACUUUUCAGGUGCAGUUUCCCGACGAGCUCGAUCAAAAGCAACGAGACGCCACGUCGAAGGCCUUCGCGAAGUCCUCCUUCGUCAAGGUUGGCAAGGUGGAUCCGGGUCACGUAUUCGCUUAG